AUGAACUUUGAUGGAGCUAGUAAGGGAAACCUAGGAGCUUCUGGUUUUGGAGCGAUAGUAAGAGACGAGGAGGGCAACUUAGUGGGGGCAGUAUGCGGCCAAGCGGGGUUUGUUUCAAAUAACAUAGCAGAAAUCAUAGCUUUAGAGGAAGGGCUAAAAUGGACAGCAGUAAAUGAUAUCAAGAAGGUGGUGAUAGAAGGGGACUCAAAAGUCAUCCUUAGUGGGAUUAUCAAUCAUUGGUUUACAAAUUGGCAAUUAAAUGCCUGGAUUCCUAGAAUAUAUGGGCACCUUCAAAAUUUCACGGACUAUCAAUUCCAACAUACAUACCACAAAGGUAAUAAAGUGGCAAACCUCCUUGCUAAUCACGGGAUAGCUGGAACAUUGCCAGCAGUCAUUUCGCCUGUAAAUGCAAGGAACAGAGAUAUCCAGCAUAGAUUGCUUGAGGACAGAGCCCAUAUUCCUAGGACGGGAAUAGAUUGA